GAAUCAAAUUUUAAAUUAAAUUAAAACCUUUGCUUGGGUUUUUAAAAAGAAGUUAAAUUAUUAUUUUAUACCAUAGUACAUAUAAUGUCAAAUGAUUUUAAAUCUUAUCAUAUAAUUUAACGAGAUUCACGAUAUGACGUUUAUACUUAAUAAAUAUGGAUCAAAAUAUUCGGCAAUCUGGAAUUGUAAAGUUUUAUAUGAUAAAAAUUUUGCAGUUUUUGCAUUUUCUCGUAGUUUUUGGUUUUUUAAUAGCUGGUAUCAAAGAGUUCGUUGAAAAUCCUCCUUUAUUUGAUGCAUACGGUGAUGCAUUUAUUAAAAACAAGUUACCUGAAGGAAUAUUUGAGAAUGAUCCAAGACUAACUCAAUCAGCAAACAUGAGAUUACUUGAUUUACCAUUAUUGGUGAUUAUUGUGUGUUACGUUUGUAUUUGUGUUUGGUUGAAGUUUAAUGGCUUAGCAUGGCUACUCACACUCUUGAUGUUUUUUGCUGUAUUUGUGUUUUGGUUUGUAAAUGUCUCAGCACACAAAUAUUUUGAUUGGAGAUAUUAUUCAACACGCAUUGUUGGUUUAGAAUUACAAAUAGCUGUAAUAGGAUUGGUUGGUACAAGUGUUUUUAUGGUAUUGGUGUGGAAAAGAAAAAAACUGCCAUUCAAAUUCAAAUCUACUAUUCCUAUUCGCCAUUUGGGUCCAGUUCAUGUGAUAUUUAACUUUAUUGCUGUAUACUUUAUAAUCUUUACAUCAAUGCUAAUGUGGUUUACAAAAAUGUAUAUUUCAUGGGCUUGUUUUAAAAGAUAUAGUGAUACUAUGCAAAUUUGUCAAAUUACUAAUCAGGUGCAAUGCUAUUCUUGUGAAACAUGUUCAUUUGAUGGUAUUAAAACUUGUUAUAACAAUUUGACAAGAACUGAUUUAUUCACGUGUAACAUGGUCCAAAAUCUUAAGUCUGCAUAUAAGGGAGCUUUCUGCAUAUUCAACUACAAUAUGAGUGCAGCCGAAUUUCUCACAACGUUUGCAUACAUUGGUGGACUUUGUGUCUUCCUUAGUACUUUCAUCCGAAUUGUCGGUCAUUACAUUUUUCGAGCGGUAUUUAUUAUCCACGGUAUUCUUCUUGUAGCGUUUAACCGAACGAAUGAAGUUUUUCAAAGUCAUAAGGAUUUAAACCGAGUUGUUAAUGUACUCCGUGAAGCGCGAAGAACUAGUAACGAAAGCUUAAUCAUUAAUGCUGAACACGAGUUAAAUAGUCAAAUAGAUUCAAGGUUUAAAGAUACUAUGCACGAGUUAAACAGUCAAACAGAUUCUCGUUUUAAAGACACAAUACUUCUGUCGCCGCCACCGUCUUCUUUCAAAUAAAUGAAGAAUGACUAUUUCCAAAAAAAGCCUUUUUUAAAAUCCGGUUCGUUUAAUGUGUCAGAUUUAAAUCUGAUAAUUCAAUUAAAUGUUGGAAUUAUUAACACGUUUUAUAGAAUUUAUUUACAAAUUUUUCAUACAAUCAAAAACCGUACUUCUCGCGUUUCAAAAGAGUAUAGAAAGUCCAUGAACCUUUUGUCCUAGGUUGAACACAGGGACGGUUCGUAUCACAGAAAUUAUUGCCUGUAUACUAUAUUAUGUGCUUAGUUCGUAGACUGCAUCUAAUGCGCUAAAGCUUUUGUAAUGAUAUCGUAAAUCACUUUCGUUGCACAUAAAAUAAAAAAAGAUAAAGAUUUUAUUAA